AUGCAUUUCACCACCCUGCUCAGCCUCGCCAGCCUCGGCCUGAAUAUCCUCCCUGUCCAGUCCGCAGCAGUUCCUGCCGCUGAUUUGGCUCGCCGCGCGGGGCAGCCAAUCAACCGUGUCUAUCUCCCUAGUACGGUCGAAAAGCGUCAUACCUACGGAGUGGAUGAAGACGAGACACUCGAGAAGCGACACACCUACGGAGUGGAUGAAGACGAGGCGCUCAAGAAACGACACACUUACGGGUUGGAUGAAGACGAGGCGCUCGAGAAACGACACACUUACGGGUUGGAUGAAGACGAGGCGCUCGAGAAACGACACACCUACGGGUUGGAUGAAGACGAGGCGCUCGAGAAACGACACACCUACGGGUUGGAUGAAGACGAGGCGCUCGAGAAACGACACACCUACGGGGUGGAUGAAGACGAGGUCGUCUAG